AUGUGAGGAUGGCGAAACAAUCAUGCGCUACAAAUUCGCUGGCAAAAGGGGCCUAUCACUGAUCGAGCCGCCGGACGUUUACGAGGAAGGCGUUGUCCUCAUGACGGUUGAGGAUGGUGGACUUGGGAUCGCUGGCCUUGACAUGUCCACCCUCUACCUUUGGUCGCUGAAGACGGAUCCUGGCGGAGUUUCGGGGUGGAAAACACGCGGGGUCAUCAAGCUGGAGAUGCUCCCCAUCGAUGACCUGAGAUCAUGGCGUCACUUGGUCGGCUUCGCCAAGGGAUGCACUUCCGACAUCGUUUUCGUGACCACAGAUGCUGGCGUCUUCAAGAUCGAUCUCAAAUCGGAAGAAGCGACGAAGGUGUGCGAGCAUGGCAGCUCCCUCGUAAUCUUUCCUUACACGAGCUUCUGCACCCCAGGUCGUGCUAACGGCAGAUUACCAUCUCCAGCGGCAACCUAGUCAUCUAUUACCUACCCUGUCAAUGAUAGUUCGUCUGUUGCUGGCUUGCUGCCAUCCUGCAGUUUAAGUGAGAAGUGAGAACAUUGUUAGUCACUAUGACCAGUUAUGGUUCUUGUCAAAUUAUCCAUGAACAUGUGUCCAAAACUACCUUGUAAUAUUUUGGCUCAUCAUCCUUAUGUGCUCGCCGCAACCA